UCGAACUUACCCGUUGAAGUUAGUUUACAUAAGUUUGGUGUGUUAACGAACUGUUUUAACAAUUUGUUUUUUUUUUUUUAAUUGUCGUAGUGUAUAAACAUUAAAUUAUAAAAAUGUUAACUGAAUUCACUGGAAAUCUAGCUCAUCACCUAGAAUUUGGACACUCACUUGUUAUUGUGGCAAAAACAAUUGAUGGAGCAUCUAGAUUUCAUAUAAACCUAUGCACAUCUAAGACUUCAGUAAAUCCCGAGUGUGAUGUUGGCUUACGUUUGUCGUGCUAUUUUCGCGAAGACAACAUUACACGAAAUUCCCGCCAAAAUGGAACAUGGGGUGAAGAGGAGACUAACAUCAACUUGGACGAGCAUACAGCUCGAAAUCCAAUAGUUUCUGGGGAUUUUUUCAUGCUUUACAUAUUCGCAACUGAAGAGAAAUUUUACAUUUCCAUAAACAGCAAACCUUUCUGCACUUUCCAACAUCGCAUUCCAUUGGAAUCAAUUCGUACUCUUGAGAUCCGCGAUCAUAUUCAAACCAUUAAACAAAUUGAUCAUCGUUCCGCCUUUCCCAUACCUUGGCCAGCCAUACAUGCUUCGGAUUUUGGUAAAUCUUUUAGCAAUGAUAUUCCAAUAUUAUUUAGUCCCGGACAUGUGAUUGUCAUUACGGCUAGAUGUUUCGACAACAAGAAGGGACAAUUCAUCAUAAAAUUCACAGAGAGUGAUACAAAGCGGGAAGAGUUGCAUUUUAGUGUGCGAUUUGACCAGAAGGUAGUUGUUCGAAAUAAUAUGAACAAAAGUUUUGAAUUCGGUCCGGAGGAAAGACACGGAGGUUUUCCAUUCACAUUUAAUCAACAAUUUACUUUAGCGAUAGCAUUUGCGGAGCAUGAAUUCCUGUUUGCCGUUGAUGGAAGGCCAUAUAGUUCUUUUGCUUAUAGAACGCCUAAUGUAUUGUCGAACUUAGUGGGAUUCAAGAUUACCUGCAUAAAUGGACUCAGAAUGCAUGUUACACGAGUAGACCAUGUUCAAAUGGGAGAUGUAUCGUGUAGAGGCUUUGAAAGCUACUCAGCGUAUGGUUACGAAAUCGCGUAAAUUCAUUUUUUUUUGUUGGUUAUUUUAUAAAAUAAAAUUGUUUUUACACAUUAAAUGGGUGUCCGUAAUA